ACUCUUGAGGGCGUAGUUUAUUGUUUUUCGUCUGCUCCACGUGCUACUGCUCGAGCGCCUGGUUGCAAAUACUUUCUAAAUUGUUUCGAAAAUGCCUCCAAGGAAGAGACCAAAAACAGACCAGCCGUCCAAUAAGCCAGCAGAGAAAAAGACAAAAAGUGGAUCGAAAGCAGCUUCAUCAUCAAAGAGCAGCACUGAUGGCGUGAGUGUGGUCUACACAAGAUGGCUCAUGAAGUCUGAGCCCGAAAGCCGUAUUGAAAAGGGGGUCGAUGUAAAAUUCGGCCUCGAAGAUCUAAAGAAAGAGCCGGAUCAGACUGCAUGCUGGGACGGCGUGCGGAACUACCAAGCUCGGAACUUCCUGCGUGAUCAGAUGAAAGUCGGCCAUCUUGCGUUCUUCUAUCACAGCAACACCAAAGUGCCUGGGAUUGCUGGCAUUAUCAAGAUCACGAAAGAGGGUUACGUGGACCACACCCAGUUUGACAAGAAAGAUCCCCACUAUGAUAGCUCUAGUACAAAAGACAACCCACGUUGGUUCAUGGUGGACGUCAAGUACAUAUGUGACACCAAACGCUUCAUCUCACUGGCCGAACUCAAAGGUCUCUAUCAGAAGCAUGCACAGAGCGGGGGACCACUGAAGAACCUGGCGCUCUUCACACGAGCCAGGCUGUCUGUUCAGCCGGUAACCGAAGAGGAAUUUGACUUCAUUCUGGGACUUGAGGAUAAGCCCGCUGCUUGAUGAGUCAGAAUUGACGGCUCUUGGAGAAAGUCGGAGUAAACACUCACAGUCAUGUUUUUUGAUUCACUUAAAUCAUAUUGUAUUUUUGUACCAAUAUCAUAUAAAUAAAGAUUUUGUUACAAAACUUAA